ACGUGUUCAGAACGACCGCAGAAAUGAUCGCUUUAUUCUCGCCCUGCAUGUUUGGAGAUCAAGUGCACUGCGAGGUGCGACGGCUGAGGGAACUGCUCGCUUCUAGGCUGUACGAGAAUAAGCUUGAUAAAUCGGGCCGCAGCGCUGCGCGCGCGCUCCUCGCGCUGACCGAGGCGCAGGACCUGUCGUUCUCCCUGCUGCGGAUGUUUCAAGUCGACAUAUCUCUGCCCUUCAAGUUCAUCGGCUUGCUCGUCACAUAUCUUAUCAUUUUACUGCAAUUCGAAAAAGUUAUUAAUCCCACACCUACGAGUACUUCAACAGAAAUGACAUUACAUAAUAUCUAUCCCUAAAUUAAAA